GACGGGCCGCGGGGCAUGCAGCCGGCUGGGGGCGGGGCUCCGAGCCCGGGGCGCGGCGACAGGCUCCCGGGCAGCGUCCGACAGCUGGACCCGGCCGCGCUCGUGAUGCUGCUCGUGGACGCCGAGCGGCCGGAGCCCGUGCGCAGCGGGGCGCGCGAGCUCGCGCUCUUCCUAACCCCCGAGCCCGGGGCCGAGGCGAAGGAGGUGGAGGAGACCAUCGAGGGGGUGCUCCUCAGGCUGGAGGAGUUUUGCAGCCUGACUGACAUGAUCAGAAGCGACACAUCCCAGAUCUUGGAGGAAAACAUCCCAUUCCUUAAGGCCAAAGUGGCAGAAAUGCGUGGCAUCUACGCCAAAGUGGACCAGCUGGAGGCCUUCGUCAGGAUGGUGGGGCGCCACGUCUCCCUCCUGGAAGCCCACGUGUUUCAGGCCGAGCGAGACCACGGGGCCUUCACGCAGACCCUGCGGAGGUGGCUGGGCUCCGCGGGGCUCCCCUCCUUCAGGAACAGACCGUCUACACCGGCGCCCCCCACGUACGAGCUGCCCGCAUUGUACAGGACCGAGGACUAUUUUCCUGUGGACGCCGGGGAGGCAACGCUCCACCCCCGCAGCGGCCCUCGGCGUCUGUGAGCCUUGCCGUCCUGCCAUCAGGGUCGUCGGAGAGUGAAACUGAGGACAAAGCAGCUUGGGUUUUUUCUUUUUUUACUGUUGAUUUGUUUUCUGAGUUUCCUGCCUUGCUUCAUGUGCGACCACGGGGUUUGGAGAGGCGGUGGGAACGCACGUGUGGCCGUGCCGCAGGGGUGAGCUGGGGGAGGCGCUUUCCGCCAGCGGUUGGCCUGCCUGGGGUUCCAGGACGAGGCGUCAGGUCUGACUUGCCACCGGGGCAGAUGGACGCCAGGGACUUUCUCUGCGAGGGCUUUGCAUGGGAAUCUUAGGGGGCUCUCUCGGUGCCCCAGGGCUGUGUGGCUCCAGGUCCAGUGGUGGUGGGUCUGUCUGCAAACCCCAGUGCCCACUGGCUGUGAAUCAUCUCAAUAAAGGUGUCAAGAGGUCA